AUGAUCAUGGCGCGUUCGCACGGCGUGGCUGUGUCGCGUCGCUCAAGCCUCGUUCUCGCUGCUCUGGUGGCUCUUAUGCUCUCAGGUGUGCUCGCAUGCUCUCAGGUGUGCUCUCAUGCUCUCAGGCGUGCUCUCAUGCUCUCAGGUGUGCUCGAAUGCUCUCAGGUGUGCUCUCAUGCUCUCAGGUAUGCUCUCAUGCUCUCAGGUAUGCUCUCUUGCUCUCAGGUGUGCUCUCAUGCUCUCAGGUGUGCUCUCAUGCUCUCAGGUGUGCUCUCAUGCUCUCAGGUGUGCUCUCAUGCUCUCAGGUAUGCUCUCAUGCUCUCAGAGUCUUUCCCGCCGCCCUUGUCCGUCCUCUUUCAUGCAUCCUAUGCGUCCAAACCUCCACCUCUUGAGAGCAUUCCUUUCCUUAUCUCCUCAUCCCAUCCUCCUUCCUGUCUUUCCUCCUUCUCUGUCUGUCCUCAACCGCAACCAUCUUCCGCUCUCUGCGAGUGCGCCCAGGGUUGCUGCUGUUCGCCUCAUGCCUUCUUUCUUUCCUCCCACCACGCCCCUUCCCCUCCUGCCCCUCCCGCCCCUCUCUCCCAUCCGCUAUCAGCCUGUGCACCCAGGGCUGCUGCUGUUCGCCUGCCAGCAGCGAGUAACGCUGCCAAUCACUCGUGUGUGCAGCGCAAGUGUGGCGCCAAUGCGGUGUGCAUGAAGGAGAGGGGCGAUGCCACCUGCGUCUGCAACAUUGGAUUCUCCAUGACCCCCACCGGCUGUGUUGACACGUGUGCACUCAAGGCGUGUGGAGGCAACGCCACGUGCACCAAGAACAGUGCUGGAGUGGCGUCAUGUGUUUGUGCCUCUGGCUUUGUGCUGCAGGCUGACAAGAGGACAUGCACUGACACGUGUGCACUCAAGGCGUGCGGAGGCAACGCCACGUGCAUCAAGGACAGUGCUGGAGUGGCGUCCUGUGUUUGUGGCGCUGGCUUUGUGCUGCAGGCUGAUGGCAGGACGUGCACUGACACAUGCACACUCAAGGCCUGUGGUGUGAACAGCCGGUGCAUCAAGUUCGGCACUACGCCAUCCUGUCUGUGUUACCCUGGAUUUGAGCUGCAGGCGGAUGGCAGGACGUGCAAUGGAUGCUGCAGGCGUGGCCUCCUGUGUUUGCAACACGGGCUACCAGAAUGUGUCGGGCACGUGUGUGGGUACGUACAGGUACAGGUGGCAUUGACUGACGUACAGGUGGCAUUGACUGACGUACAGGUGGCAUUGACUGACGUACAGGUGGCAUUGACUGACGUACAGGUGGCAUUGACUGACGUACAGGUGGGGUUGACUGACGUACAGGUGGUAUUGACUGACAUACAUGUGGCUUUGACUGACGCACAAUCCACACUCCCUCCACGCCCGUUUCCAUCUCUCCCUCCUCUCUCGUUCUCCAUGUUUCCAGGCAUCGACCCAUGUGGGGGCUGCCCUGCAGGAGCUACGUGCACUGCUACUGCCUCUGGGGGCGUUCCGUACUGCAUCUGCCCUCCCGGCUAUGGCCUGACCAGCACUGGUUGCAUCAGCGGUAAGCCCAACACUGUCUGCGCUCUAGGCGCCACGCGGGCAAUUCUGCGAGCGGACGGAGUGCCUGGAGGGGCGGGGGGCUGUGCUGCUGUGUACGCGUUCCCCGGGAGCAGUUGGUGCAUUGGUCCCAAGACAGCUCUUCGCCCUCCGGUUAAUGGAACAGGCGGGUCGAUCUAUUAUUUUGGCUAUCCGUACAGCUCCUUCAGUUGCGUUGCUGCUGAGACUUGUGCAACCAAGAGCUGUGGGGGCAACGGCACGUGUGUGGAGGACAGUGCAGGGGUGGCCUCCUGUGUCUGUAACGCGGGGUUUCUGCUGCAAUCUGACGGCACCACGUGCGCUGAGGCAUGUGGGUCCAAGAUCUGCGAUCCCACCACUGACUGUGUGAGGGAUGCUGCAGGCGGGGCAACCUGUGUGUGCAAGGCGGGCUAUCAGAACAUCUCCGGCAAAUGUGUCG